AUGGUGGAUGCCUCAUGUGGAGGCACAUUUAUGCUUAAGAAUGAGAAUCAGGGGUGGGACUUGUUUGGGCAGUUAGCAGAGAAUUCUCGACACCGAGCCUCAUCAUCCCGCACAAAUAGGACAAAUUCUACCUCUUUAAAACAGAGUGGCCUUCAUGAGGUGGGCCGCUCUGAUGAUCUUUCCUAUAAGGUAGAUGCAUUGACCCAUAAGAUUAACUCUCUCUUAUCUUUGAGUCAUGGUCCUUCACAUUCUUCACCUCUUGCUGCUGUUGCGGAGGUCUGUCAGUUGUGCUCCAGUCCAUGCCAUCAAAUAAAUGAGUGCCACAUGGCAUCUCAAUUUCCAGAAUUUCUUCAAGAGCACGUGAACGCGGCCCAGGGGUUUGGUAGGCCAGCAAAUGACCCCUAUUCUCAUACUUACAACCCCAGCUGGAAGAAUCAUCCAAACUUUGGAUGGCGACAGCCAGACCAAGGGCAACCAUUUGCCCAACCUAUGAGGCCUUCAUUUCCUAAUACUUCCAACACACAGGCCUAUUGUCCACCACAUGCACCACACCAGUACCAACAACCUCCUGCUCCUCCUACGUCCUCUCAAAGGACACCAGCUUUUGAGGAGCAAAUGUUGAAGGCCAUGGCUGAAAUGAGAGCCGAUUGCCAACAAAUGAAAGCUGACUCCCAAUUGCUUUACUCCCAUUCUCAAUCCAUUGCCAAGAUGGAAACCCAAGUGGGUCAGCUAGCUAAUGCUCUUAACCAUCGGGAUGAGGGUAGAUUACCAAGUCAGCCAGUGGCCAACCCACGAGGGAUGCACCAUAUUGACAAUUCGCAAGGUCACGAACAAGCGAAAUUAGUUGUCACCCUCAGAAAUGGGAGAGACGUAGAGACUCGACCGGAGGAGGUCAAAGUGAAGGAGAAAGUGUCUCCACCUGUCGCUGAGAGGUCUAAGGUUGAUAAGAGGUCUAAGGAGAAGGAGAUCGAUCCAGUGUCCACAAUUGUUCCAGGGUUAUCUGAGACCCCAUCUUAUAUUCCUAAGGCACCUUUCCCGACUUGCCUUAAUGCACAAAAAGGGGGCAAAACAAGAAGAUAUGAUGGAGACCUUUGUACCCAAAAGCGUAAGUCUAAGACACAUGAGCCUAAGGAGGUGCGUCUCACUGAGCAGGUGAGCUCCAUUCUUACACGUAACACACCCAUUAAGCAAAAGGAUCCUGGUGUUCCUAUUAUUUCAUGUGUUAUUGGAGAUCAUGUCAUUGAUAAAGCACUCCUCGAUUUAGGGGCCAGUGUCAAUUUGCUCCCAUACUCGGUAUAUGAACAACUUGGGCUGGGAGAGUUGAAACCCACGUCGAUUACGUUGCAAUUAGCUGAUAGAUCCAUUAAGGUGCCGUGUGGUGUGAUCGAGGAUGUCCUUGUCAAGGUAGAUAAGUUUUACUUUGCUGUCGAUUUUAUAGUUCUUGACAUGGAACCAGUCCAUAAUCCCAACAAACAGAUUCCUCUCAUCCUUGGUCGACCUUUCUUGGCUACAGCCAAUGCAUCUAUUCACUGUAGGACUGGGGUGAUGGAUGUAUCAUUUGGAAAUAUGAGGGUGCAAUUGAAUGUUUUCGAUGCCAAUCUCUAUCCUUGUAAAGAGAAAGACUGCUUCGCAGUCAGUGAGAGUGAUUAUAUGGUUGAUAAGGUGCCUCCAGACAUUCGAGUUAAGGGUCCCAUAGAAAUGCCUCUUUUGCAUGUAGCCUUGGAUAGUGGUAACAUUGAAAUGAGUCAUGGUUCUCUUAAUUCGAAGAACCCCAUAGAUGAACCUCCAUGGAGUGACCCAUACAUUGAGCCUUGGCCCAUACUUCGUAGUCCUUCUGCUUCCCCUCUUAUAGAGGGUGCACCGAGACAGGAGUGGAAACCACCACCAUAUACAUGCUUGGGCCCGGAUAAUAUUUUUUCUGGUGAUUGA